GGAUAAAACAUCACAUUAAAUAUGAAUCAAGAAGCUUAAUACACAACUGAAUUUGGAGGAAUAUCCUCUUUAAUUAUUAUUGUUGUUGUCGUGUUAUUCUUCUUUUCAAACAUCUUGGAUUUUUUUGCAAAAACUUAGGUUUUUACAGAUGAUGAGACUUUAAUAUCUAAGGAUCCAUUAUUAUUAGAACUUAAUUCUGAAAAUUAUAUAUUCGCUGUCUCAAUUGAACAAGCUAACUUUUCUAUUAAUCCUUUUUUUAACAUUUCGAUAGAGUAAAGGUAAUUUAUUCAAUGAAAUAAGAUAAUAUGACAGAGAUGAUAAUGGAGUUUUAAAGAAAACAAUAUCAUAUAUAUAACUUUAAGAAUGCAAAUUUGAUUAAUUUGAUAAAGUCUUUUCUAAGCAAGGAAUUAAUUUUACCGAAUAAUUCAAUACAUUGGGAUUGAAAUAUUGGUUAUGCCCUAAGUAAUUAAUUAAAAUAACUUUAGAGAUGAUUUUAAAAUACUUUUGAAAGGUUCUUAUUCAAGUGAGGAAUUUUAAUUUGUUAAACUUAUAGUAAAAUAAUGUGAAAAUUCAACAUCUAAUUAAAUUCAAUCUUGGAAUCCAGUUUGUGCUGAUGAGUAGGUUAAACAAAAAUAUUUGGCUAAAGAAGGAUAAUUUAAACUCUAACUCUACUAAACUAAUACAAUAAUUAAUUAGAAUAAACCCGAAAAUUAUUUAACCUAGUUUUUAGAUAGUGAUAUGUAUUUUACAUUUGUUCCGAAUAAACUGUCAAGAUAAGCUAAUAUUUAUUUUAGAGAAGCCAAAAUUAUCAAUGAUAAUAGUCUUUUACCAAUUUAGUAAUAAAUGUAUUUUAUUGUUAAGAGAUCUAGCAGAAUCAGCUGUGGUUGUUAGAAAAAAUGAAGACUUUAGAGAUUUGACAGAAUUAGGAAGAGAUACAGAUGAUUAAUAUGCAAUCAUUUAUUUAAGAAGAAGUUAAUUCACUUAAAUAAUAUCAAGAAAGUUUUAAAAAUUAGGAGAAUUAUUGUCUUAUCUCGGUGGUGUUGUUUAGAUAAUGAGAUUACUCUUUGGUAUUGUUAUAGUAUUUUGCAAUAGAUAAUUAAGUAAAUUCUUAAAAUAUUUAGUGUUAAUUGAAUUAUCUAAUAAAUUGUAUGAUUUUAAAGAAACAAAAUUAAAAAUAGUAGAAUAACCUUCUCCUCCAUAAAUUACUGGAGGUGUUCCAUAAGAUACUGCUAGAUCUAAAUAUAUAGAAGAUUAACUUAAUUCUCCUGAACCUGAUGUCAUUUUAGAUGUCAAUAAUGAUAUAUUCUAAUCUCCAAGUACAACAAAUAUCAAAGGUGCAAUAGACAAAAUCUUAUAUGAGUCUAAUCCCAUCAGAUUCUCAUUCAAAUUAUUUCUAAAUAAACUUACUUGUGGUUUAAUGUUUAAAGAUAGGAAUGCUAUCCUCCUAGAAAAAGCAAUUAAUAAAAUGAAUUAAGAUUUAGAUCUUCAUAGCAUUUUAUAUAAAAUUCAAGAAAUAAGUAAAAUAAAGAAAUUGUUAUUCAAUGAAUAGUAAAUGAUUUUAUUCAAUUUUACUCCUAAACCAUAAAUAUCUCUACAUUCUAACAGUAGAGUUCCGUCACGUUUAUUGAUACAUGAUUAAAAAAAAUCAAGAUUAAAAAGAUAAAAUAAUAUAGAUGGCAAUUAAUAAGAUUAAAUUUCAUGUUUGCUUUUGAAUGUACAAUUUCUGUAUUAAAUAGGCUUAUGCAUAAGUUAAGGAUGAGAUUCCAAGUGAAUUAUUAAGUAAUUGCUAAUUUAGAAUUAAUCAAAAAUUAAUUGAAUUGAUGAUUCAAGAAACAAAGGAUGCUGAUGUUUCAUAUAAACAUCUAUCAUAAUCACCUAAAAAACCUUUUAUAUCUUUUAAGUUUUAGAUUAAUGAUUAAUAAAAUGAUUAAGAUUAAAUCAAUGAAAAUAUUGAAAACCCCAUCAUUACACAAAAACAAUGA